CUCUUCCCUCCACCUCUCGCAUUCCCUGGGACGAGCUAAGCUUUGCAGGAACAACAUGUCUUGCUCUUCUCGCAUCUCCUCCUCCAGGGCUGGGAGCAGCAGGGUGUCCGCUGGUAGAAGCAGCGUCAGCAGUGGAAGCAGAUGUGGUCUGGGGGGUGGCUCUGCCAGAGGCUUCCAAGGAGGAACUGGCAACUGUGGCCUGAGUGGGGGACCUAGCAGUGGCUUUGGAGGUGGCUUUGGAGGUGGCUUUGCAGGAGGCUUUGGGAGCUGCUCAGUAAGAGGUGGUCUGGGAGCAACCUUGGGCUCUGGGAGUUGCUUUGGUGGGGGCUCUGGAUUCAGCAGCGGUGAUAAUAGAGGUUUCUACAGCCAUGGAGGUGGUAUGGGGGGUUGCCUGAGUGGUGGCCUUGGUGACGGGGGGCUUUUCUCUGGAGGUGAGAAGCAAACUAUGCAGAACCUCAAUGACCGCCUGGCCAAUUACCUAGACAAGGUCAGAGCCCUGGAGGAGGCUAACACUGAUCUGGAGAAUAAAAUCAAGGCGUGGUAUGACAAAUUUGGGCCUGGGUCUGGAAAAGAUGGUUCUGGAAGAGAUUAUAGCAAAUACUAUUCAAUAAUUGAAGAUCUCAGGAACCAGAUCAUCACGGCCACUGUUGAAAAUGCUGGAACCAUUUUGCAGAUUGACAACGCCAGACUGGCUGCUGACGACUUCAGACUGAAGUAUGAAAACGAGCUGUGUCUCCGGCAGAGCGUGGAGGCUGACAUCAAUGGCCUGCGGAAAGUUCUGGAUGACCUGACCAUGACCCGCUCUGACCUGGAGAUGCAGACUGAGAGUCUCACUGAGGAGCUGACCUAUCUGAAGAAGAGUCACGAGGAGGAAAUGAAGAGUGUGCAAGGAAGUUCUGGAGGGGAUGUGACUGUGCAAAUGAAUGCUGCCCCAGGAACCGACCUGACCAAAUUAUUGAAUGACAUGAGGGCACAGUAUGAGGAGCUGGCUGAGCAGAACCGCCGGGAGGCAGAGGAGCAGUUCAACAAGCAGAGUGCAGCCCUGCAAGCACAGAUCUCUACUGAUGCUGGGGCCGCCAGUUCUGCCAAGAAUGAGAUAACAGAACUGAAACGUACCCUGCAAGCCCUGGAAAUUGAGCUUCAGUCCCAACUGGCCAUGGAAAGGGGCCUUGAAAAUUCCCUGCACGCCAGUGAGCAGCAUUACCAGAUGCAGCUGCAAGACCUAGAGGCUGUGAUUGAAGGACUAGAGAGAGAGCUACAGGAAGUCAGGCAGGGCAUCGAAAGGCAGCUUCAAGAGCAUGAGAUGCUUCUCAACACGAAGAUGAGACUGGAACAAGAAAUAGCAACUUAUCGUCGCCUCCUAGAAAAGGAAGAAAUCAGAUAUUAUGGUUGUAUCCAAGGUGGGAAAAAAGAUCAAAAACCUACCACCAGUAAAGUUGGUUUUGUUUUACCUUCAGCCAUUAUAAAUGAAAUAUCUUUUUCAACAAAACUCUCACAAAAGUAUGAGGAUGAAAAAGUGGAAACAGUGACCAAACAGGCAAUAUUAAAUGGGAAUAUUGUGAAGGAAAGCACUGAAGCUCAUGGCACUAUUCAGACAGAGAAAGUGGAUGAAGUUAUUAAAGAAUGGGAAGGUUCCUUCUUUAAAGAUAACCCUCGAUUAAGGAAAAAAUCUGUUUCUCUUCGGUUUGAUCUUCAUUUAGCAGCCACUGACGAAGGCUGUUUACAGACUAAGCAGGAUAAUCUGCCAGACAUAGAAGUCAGGCUCAUCAUGAGAAGAUCAUGCAGCAUCCCCUCUAUCAAACCUCCGUCAGCAACUAGUUAAUCCAAUGAUUUGAAUUAACAUUUGAUUUGCAAAUGAUACUAGGAUGGACCAGGGUGUGCCAUGCUGACCCCUUCUGUCCUAAAAUGUAAGUUAUUAAGUGUGUAUGGAAAAUGUUAUGAUCCAUGUGUGAUUGUGAUUCUCUUCAGAAGAGCACACACACACACACACAUUAAGGGGAAAAAAAAUUCUGAAUCCAUUUAUGGGUAUGCUUUUUAGAGAGGGAGAGCCUAAAAAUAAAAUCAGAAAUUCAGUUUGGGUUCUAUUUUAUUUAUUCUCUAAAGUCUUCUCUUUCCCUGGAAAUUUUAUUAGAGAUUGUUUGAGUGUUUACUUGGUUUAGUUAAGUCUGUAAUGUCAUUCAAUGGCAGAAAACUGUAAGGAAAAAAAGAAUAAUUGGUGUAAAGAUGACUGUAUUAUGUAAAGGGUCACACUGAGUUAUUCAUUGUUAUUCUAUGUCUGGCUAAAACAAAAAAGGUUGUUCUAAUUUUAAAAAAAAUUAUAAGCAGACUUCUAAGGGGAGGCUCACUAGUCACUUUAGAUUUUUCCUUUUGAGACAAUCAUUUGGACACUUAAAAAAUAAGAAAAGUUAUUUUCCAUGAGCAGUUUUGAGAAAACUAUAGAAUGUACCACAAGGCUAUUUUGAUGACUGAAUAAAAUUAAUUUCUACAUCUGAAUUUUUUUGUAAUCAGGAUUGACUUUCAGAAGAGUUACUUUAUUAAAAGGACUUUAAGGGUUUUGUCCUUUCACACAAAAAAAAGAAAGAAAGAAAGAAAAGAAAAGAAAAGAAAUUCAGAAGGUUUAUUGUAAAAAACAUGAAAAACAACUUGAAAAGGUGAUUCCUGAAGUUACUAGAACAGUCACCCAACCAACCUCUCAUCUCAAAUUUUACAACCAUAAAGUUAAAUGGGAUUCAAGAGUUUGCUCUGAGCCUUAGAGACGAUACUAUACGAUGUAAUAUAAAUUUCUUGCAGUAAUUUAUGUGAACUAAGAUAACAAUAUUGUUAUCUAAGGUAAAAGUGUUUAUAGAAUUUGUUUUUAAAUUGUUCAAACUGUCAUAAAUAUGAAUAGAAGAUAUAUUUGUGAAAGUGAAGUAUCAUUGCAAAGUUUUUAAAACAACCUAAAUUGUUUGAUACAGGUAUAUUUAUUAAGUCCUUAAUUAAUAAAUACCUGUUUUAAAACAUUAGAAAUUUAUAGGCUAUUAAUUUUUUUCUAAGCAGAAAAAAAAAUGGUUGAAUACAACUGACAGAUGUUUUUCCAGUUAAAGUAUCCUGUAAGGGCUACAGCUAUGUUAGCAUUUUAGUACAAUCUUUAAAAUCAAUUUCUCUCUCUCUCUCUCCAUUAAUAUAUAUGUAUGUAUAUGUGUAUAUGUGUAUAUAUAUAUAUAUAUAUCAGUAAAAUGUGUGUUUUAAACAGAAGAAAAUUAUGUUAAAUAAUCUUUUAAUCUUUAACAUAAUACAGAGAUACAUUUUAAAUUUUCUUUCCACAACUUCAGAUCCUUUUAGCCUAUUUAUUCUAUUUAGUGAAAAGAGGUUUUUAUGUUAUUGUUCUGGGGUUUUUUUUUUUGUUUGUUUGUUUGUUUUGUCAAGACUACAGCAGCAUGUUAAGUGCUCAUUCUUGCAUAAGCAUCUGACCUAAAACUCACCCUAAACAUAAAAAUGUUUCAUUUGGGCUGGAGUGUAACUCAGUGGUAGAGUGCUUACCUAGCAUAGGGGAGGCCCUGAGUUUAAUCCCCAGCAGGACAAAAAAAAAAAAAAAAGUUUCAUUCAAUAUUAGUUAAUGUUAUAAACUUUACUAAAGCUUUAAAAAUGCAAUCAUAUAAUGUAUUGUACUGAAGUUACUAUACUAAGCAACAGUGGCCAUAAUAAGCAAUAUACCUAGUAUAAUCUAUUCCAGUGUUAAAACCUUAGUACUGGGCAUUAUGAAUGUAACUGUAACUGCUUGCUAUAGUAAUUCUCCUAUGCAACUAAAUUGUGUGUAUAACACGUACAUUUUAAAAAUACAGUAUUUUUAUUUAUAAUAAAGUUUUAUUUGCUUUGAGGCAUUUUAAAAUCGGGAUAUGAAUUUACCAAAGUAAAUGAUACCACUCACAAUAAAAAAUAUUGAAACAUGAAUUCCAAA